AACUGCUGCGCGGCCGGCUCGGGAUCGGCGCGGUCUCUGCCGCAGCCUUAGCUGCGUGCGGGCCAUGGAGCACCGCAUCGUGGGGCCCGGGCCUUACCGGGCCACCAAGCUGUGGAAUGAAACAGUGGAGCUUUUUCGUGCCAGGAUGCCAUUACGGAAACAUCGUUGUCGUUUUAAGAGUUAUGAACAUUGCUUCACAGCCACAGAAGCUGUGGAUUGGCUGCAUGAGUUGCUUAGGUGCAGUCAAAACUUUGGUCCUGAAGUGACUCGCAAACAAACAGUCCAGCUGCUAAAAAAGUUCCUGAAGAAUCACGUUAUUGAAGACAUUAAGGGAAAAUGGGGUCAGGAAGAUUUUGAAGACAAUCGUCACUUAUACAGAUUUCCUCCUUCUUCACCCCUGAAGCCAUAUCCAAAGAAGCCCCUAUACCAAAAGAAUAUUAUUAAAUUUCCAGAAUGGAAUGAUCCCCCACCGGGCACCUCGCAGGAGAACAUCCCAGUGAGGCCAGUUGUGCUGAAUUCUGAGAUGUGGUUCAAGCGUCACAGUAUUGCUAUUGGAGAGGUGCCUGCUUGCCGUCUUGUCCACCGCAGACAGCUGACAGAGGCCAAUGUAGAAGAAAUAUGGAAGUCUAUGACAUUAUCAUAUUUACAGAAAAUCCUUGGCUUAGACUCCUUAGAAGAAGUUUUAGAUGUCAAAUUUGUCAACUCCAAGUUCAUCGUCCAUAAUGUAUAUAGUGUUAGCAAGCAGGGAGUGGUUAUCCUUGAUGACAAGUCAAAAGAACUGCCUCAUUGGGUACUGUCAGCUAUGAAGUGUUUGGCAAAUUGGCCCAACUGUUCAGAUUUGAAGCAGCCUAUGUACUUGGGAUUUGAAAAAGAUGUAUUUAAAACUAUAGCAGAUUAUUAUGGUCACUUGAAAGAGCCACUGCUUACAUUUCAUCUUUUUGAUGCUUUUGUCAGUGUAUUAGGUUUGUUACAGAAAGAGAAAAUGGCAGUUGAAGCCUUUCAGAUUUGUUGCCUCCUCCUGCCUCCUGAAAACAGGAGAAAGCUGCAGCUGUUGAUGAGGAUGAUGGUGAGAAUCUGCUUAAACAAAGAGAUGCCGCCGCUGUGUGAAGGCCUUGGGACCCGGACACUGAUGGUUCAGACAUUUUCCCGUUGCAUCUUGUGUUCCAAGGAUGAAGUAGACUUGGAUGAGUUAUUGGCUGCUAGGUUGGUGACGUUUCUGAUGGACAAUUACCAAGAGAUUCUCAAAGUCCCUUUGGCCUUGCAGACUUCUAUAGAGGAGCGUGUGGCUCAUCUACGAAGAGUCCAGUUUCAGAAAUCCUAUCCUGAAGUCUAUCAAGAACGAUUUCCUACGCCAGAAAGUGAAGCGCUUCUCUUUCCUGAAAAACACAAACCGAAACCACAGCUGCUCAUGUGGGCACUGAGAAAGCCUUUCCAGCCAUUUCAAAGAACGAGAAGUUUUCGAAUGUGAUGCUUCUGCAGGGACACUGCUUAGAGACUCUGUGGCGGUGGCUGUUUUGAAUGCGAGCAGAAGAAAGAAAAGCACGACAUACAGACUACUGAAGUGUACAU